UGUUGCAUAAAAGAGCUUCAAGCUGGCCGAGGCCUACAACUGCCACAGGUACGGUUACCGACGAAUUUCACUCCAAAAAGUUUGUCAAGACUCACUGCACCCAGUGGUGUUCUGAAAGCUUGAUUUCAAAUGUGCACUCAGAGCUUCCUGUUAGGAGAAAAAAAGUUUUCUAGCAGUUGAACUCAACUGGAAAAGAGAAAACUCUGAGUGACUUCCUUACUUAAGCUGGAAAUAAACAGACUACACUCACUGUCAUGGAACGUGGCACUCCAUGCCGAUACAAGAAUGUCCAGAAAAUCGUGCACCUCUCAAGUUUUUGAAGCAGUGAAGAAGAAGGCGUUGGAAAAUCACAUGUGAUACUGUUGGUUAAAGGCUGGAGGUGGGGUAGAAUGUAAAAACUGAAAAUGAGUCAUGAGGGACAAGGAAAUCCGGGGACAGGACUGAGAGACAUUUUUGACAUAUUGGUUAAAGAGCCUACGGAGCGACUGAUAAGCCUGACAGUCCAGUUGGGUGAGUCUCCUGAAGAUAAUAUCAUACAUGCCUUGUGUCUGAUCAUUCUUCAGAGAGAGGAGCAGGCACUGAACAAACUCCAGAUGCUGAAGGACAACUGUCUCGCGAACCAUCUGGCUGAAAGGUGGCAAAUGAGUGGAGGUAAAUUAGAAGAGUUUGGAGUUCAUUGUGGUUGGUUUCAAAAGUUUACGGGAGAAUCUUUGGCAGCGUUGGCCCGAAUUUUUAAAGUUUUGUCUGAGCGGAGGCUGUGUGAUCCACUUCUGAGAAAUCUGGCAUAUCAGAGAGCCCUUUCCAUUGACAGCCAAAAAACAAGCAAUUGUGAGGAUCUGGAAUAUGAUCAACUCAGAGAAGAAGCUAAAGUUGUCUGCGGGCCCCAGUUUGGAGAGUGGAUAUUUUCCUCCAGAGACCUGAAGUCGGGGUCUUACCAUGAUCCUCACAGAAGCCUGGAUGAAGUAAACACAACUUUAAAAAUUACUGAUCAGUCAGAGAGAGCUUAUAGCCUCCCCAGCCCUCUGCAGGCAAGCUCCUCAAUGCCCUCAUACCCUACUCAUCUAGAGAUAAGUAUACCUCCAACAGCAUCAUUUCAAGGGGACAAAACAUCUCCAGACAUAUCAGAUAAAUCCAAACUAAACACUUGUGCCCUCCUUGCACCUGUGCAAUCUCAGUCAUCUGAGGAUCCUCAGCCUAUAUCCAAUGAACCUGCUCUGCUUGAAGCAAGGAAAGACUCAAAGAUUGACGCAGCAGAGUCCAAGAAGUUGGACAGACAUAUCGCUCCGAACGACACUCCAAACAAAACCACCAAGCCAAGCACUGAACCAAGAUUUGCACUAGCUACUGCAACAAACACUUUUCUACCUAAGGUGCCUUUUCCAAAUGAAAUGCAUGAAAGCAAAAGCGCAGAAGAGGAGGAAGAGGCAAUAUUUUACGCAUUUGUUAUCCUGCAUGCACCGGAGGAUGCAGAUGUGGCCGAGAGCAUGAAGGAAAAACUGGAAACGUUCACUGGUUGCGAAGGUGCAACUUUCUCUGAGGACUUUGCCAUCCCUGGAAAGAGCACUCUGAGGUGUGUGGAGGAUGCUAUCAACAACUCAGCCUUUACUCUCCUGCUGCUCACCCGCAACUUCAACACCCGCAUGGUGGAGAUGGAGACAGACUCUGCCCUAAUCAACUCCAUAAACAAGAAAUACAAGCACAACACCGUAAUCCCUCUGCUGCCGGGGGAGAACUGCAUGCCGAGGCAGAGCAUUCCUAUGGUUCUGCAGACAAUAGUUCCACUACAGGAGAACAGGAACUUUGAGAAAAAAGUUAAAAAGUCAUUGUCUCCAGCCAAGAUUAAAGACCAAAAGCGAAUCUGGACCGAGGGACAGAGAAUGAAAAGUCAGAUAGAGAGACAGGAGGAACUAAAGCGGUUAAACCAGUACCAAAAGCAGUUGAUCCAAGAGUGUAAAAUAUCGCAGUCGCUGGAGAGAGAGAACCUGAACUUUUUAAUGGCACAAAAACUUCUUCUCAGUCCCAGUGUGCCACCAGAACAGGAUGGCGGUGACGGCCGGGCAAGGUGGCAACAACAACAGCCAAACAUUCAUAUUGAAAAUGCUAAAUACAUAAUGAUUGGUAAUGACUCUCAGAUGACCCUGGAUUUCUGUGGAGGGACAAACAAAGAUGAUUCAAUUCACUCAGAGGAAGAGCAAUAAACUUACAGGUGAAAAUUUUAAAAACAACAUUUUCACUGGUCAAUAUAUGUGUGAAAAAUAAAGGCAAUAAUAUUUUCUAAACAAUAAAAUGUCACAGCUGUAACAAAUGCCAUGGGGUAUUCACUGCAAAUUGUUUUGUUGUUUUCUAACCUGUUGGUCACCUAAAUGGUUUGAUGUGACAUGGUAAAGAUGAGGUACACUGAGCAAUCCAGGGACGUUUUUCGGUGAAUAUUAAGCUGAGGACUGCCAUCUACUGACCGAUGCGUGAUACAUACUUUCUGACCUCCUCAGCUGUAUGAACCCAGCACAGGCACUAGGGUGCAAUGCUGUUACACGAUCCUCAUUGCUCCUCAUUGGCCUUCACAGGAUCCUCUGAAGUGCAGUGUCAUCCAAUAGCAUUAUUGUAUCAGAGAGCCAAAACAGAUUAAAUAAAAUCGGAAUCUGAAGAUAUUCCAUUUUUUUUUUCUGAAGGUGCUCAGAACUAGUUCAGUUGUUUGGCAUAACAGGAACUGUAAUACUUAGGUUUUGGUGAUCAGAUUAAGUUUCUAGGAGUUGAAACCAUCUCCAAAAUGUGAUAUUUUAUGUCCUUACCUGACCUGGACUUCUAAAUCAUCUGAAUUGGCCUGAUGCACAUUUUCAGUGAUAACUUUCUUUCAUGUCUGUAGUUACAGAGGACAACAGCAGCAAGCAGCUGGAUGUUAACAAAAUCUCUGAGAGCUGGACAUCACUGUUUACCAAUAAAUGAUGAAAUGAUUUUUAAGAUUUUCCUGAUCAACAUAAAUUUUUGUUGAUUGUUCUCUUCUUCUUGUAUUUCUUGUUUCACUGUUAGUAUCUGCUCAUUUUUGAACUUUUUUUUUCUUAACCUGGCUUUGAAAGAUUCUUUAUAAAUAUAUUUUACCUUUUUUUUUCUUACCGUUGCAACAUUCAUAUGUAGGAGAACAACACUAUGAGUGAUGUCUGAAUUUUCUAGAUGUCUGCUGAUGUAUCUCUGUGGUGUGCAGUGUAACCCAUAUGUGUCUUCUUGUUUUCUAUUCAGUCUUUUCAAACUCUAUUACUGCUUAUUAAGGCUUCAAUCAGUGAUGAAAGAAAUACUCAAAUCCUUUAUCGCAGCAAUAUCCACAUUGACGAAUACUCCAUUAUAAAUAAAUAAAAAUUGUGCAAUCAAACUUGUACACCG